AUGGAGGCGAUGGAAAGAUACCAAAAUAAGAUGGAACAGAUAAUUGAUCAUCCGUUGCUGACCAGGAGAACCGUCUCAAAGUAAAGUGAACUACAACGGUGUCUUACUUUGGAAGAUUGAAGGGUACCAGAGGAAGCGACAAGAUGCUAUUAAUGGAGUGAAGACUACCAUAUUUAGUCGUCCAUAUUUUUACACUAGUGAGUUCGGAUAUAAGAUGUGCGCUAAACUAUCUAUGAACGGAGACGGAUUUGGAAAAGAAUCGCAUUUGCCUUUGUUUUUUGUUGUGAUGAAAGGCGACUACGACGCUCUUCAAACCUGGCCGUUGCAAAAGAAGAUCACGAAGAUGCUCUUGGAUCAAGGCAAUGGAGCUCACAUGAUUGAUGCGUUUAAUUCGGAUCCUCAGAGUUCUUCGUUUCAACGCCCAAGGUCUGAUAUGAAAUAUUGCUUCAGGUUCCCCGCUCUUUAUGCCUCUUGA